AUGUCUACACGAUGGUACCCACGCUAUGUCCGCGGCAAUCCACAGCUUCGAGUCUUUUUGCCGGACUUUUGGAUGAUUCUGAAAAAGCCCGACACACCGCUACCUGCGAAUAAGGUCCUUUUUAAGGUCCCUCUUCAAAUGACCAAAUAUGAUGUGCGAAAUUACCUCGAAAAGAUUUACAAAAUUCCGGUAGUCAACAUUGAAACGCGUGUGGUGAUGGGCAAAUUGAAGAGAGCCGUUGGAAAGGGCUACAUGAUCAAGGAAGAUGACUGGAGAGAGGCGAUAGUGGAUCUGCCAAAAGAAGUGAGCUUUGAAUACCCGAAAUUAUUUCAAGACACCACCGAAAAGUUGGAGGAUGAAAUUGAGGACGUCACCAAGCGAAUGGACUUUGUGAAGCUGAGAGAGCGUCGCCGUCUCCACCAUGAAAAUCGGCACAACGUUCCCAGCUGGUUUGGCUUGUAG